AUGACGCACAAGACAUGUCUUGGUUGUCCUUGUCCACCAACGAUUUCAUUUGUUCGACGAGUAGGUUCGGCUUUAUUUUAUGGAGCUUGUUCAGGUUUAAUUACCAUUGUUAACAAACUUGUUCUUACGUCUUAUGAGUUUCCCUCAUUUCAACUUCUUGCCAUUGGACAGUUAACUGUUUCGAUUAUUGUACUUUAUCUGGCACGAUCCUUUGGUAUUAUUCGUUUUCCUCAUUUCUCUGAAAAUGUUGUUAAUAAAAUUAUGCCAUUACCAUUGUUAUUCUUUGGUAAUUUACUCUUUGGUCUUGCUGGUACUCAAGCAGUUAGUUUACCAAUGUUUACUGUUUUACGUCGUUUUUCAAUUUGGUUAACGAUGAUUGGUGAACAGUUAAUACUUCGACAAGCACAAUCUCUACUUGCACAAGCAAGUGUUUAUUUGAUGUUAAUUGGUGCUAUGAUUGCUGCUAGUGAUGAUUUAUCUUUCAAUUGGUUUGGAUAUAUUUUUCUUAUAGGGAAUAAUAUAUGUACAGCAGCACAAGGUAUUGUAGUCAAACAAAAAUUAGUUAAUAAAGAAUUCAAUCAAUAUGCUCUCUUAUUCUAUAAUUCAUUUAUUGUACUUGGACCAGCAAUUGUUUUAGCUGGUUUUACUGAUGAUCUUAAAAAAGUUUGGAAUUAUAAUCGUUAUAGAGAUGUUGGUUUUAUAUUAUCUUUUCUUCUAUCAUCAUUAAUGGGAUUUUUACUUAAUUAUUCAACAAUGCUUUGUACUCAUUAUAAUUCUCCUUUAACAACAACAGUUGUUGGUGCUUGUAAAAAUAUGUUUGUAACAUAUUUAGGAAUGAUUAUUGGCGGUGAUUAUAUAUAUUCACAUGUGAAUUUUCUUGGUCUUAAUAUCAGUGUUAUUGGUAGCAUUGUUUAUUCUUGGGUAACAUUUACUCGAAAAACACCAGCAAUAUUACCAACAACAGCAACAACACAUGGAAGUGGAUCAUCGAGUACAACAUUAGAUAAUCGAAAAAGUACGCACAAUAUUGUUUAA